GGAAAUCAACCUAACAUUACAGCCUUUACGGGUGUAGGUGGUGUUGACAUAAAUAACAUCGAACUGCAAAAUUGUCACACUGUGGAAGACUUUUACGCGUUACUGGUCACGGAAAUGCUUCAGCGGAUAAGUGAUCAAAGAAAUAUGUACGCAGUACAAAAGCGAUCAACAGGUGCUUCGGUCCGUAUAGAUCGGUGGGUCCCCGCGAAUAAGAAAGAAAUAAAAAGCUUAUUUGGGCUCAUUAUCUGGAUGGGAUUGAUAAAAUAUCCAUGCAUAACUUUAUUUAACUGGUCCAUGGAUCCUAUAUAUUAUCAUCCAUUCCCACACAAAGUAAUGAGCAGGAACCGAUUCCAGAUCUUUUUGAGGAUGCUUCAUUUUGCAAACAACGAAACAGCAGAUGUUACCAAUCGUUUGUGGAAAAUCCAGCCAAUUAUCGAUGAGUUGAAUGAAAAUUUUAAGCAGUAUUAUCAUCCAACGGAAUUGAUUUGUAUUGACGAAUCAAUGAUUCCAUUUCGUGGACGAAUCAUAUUCCGGCAGUAUAUGAAGCAGAAGAGACACAGAUGUGGGAUAAAAAUUUUCAAACUCAGCUGCGGUCUCGGAUAUACAUACAGCUUUAGAGUCUACAGUGGCAAAACUUUCGACGCAAUGAAUACAACACCAACGAAUACAGUCAUGAAUUUAUGUGAAGAUAUAUUCCACAAAGGCCAUACACUUUGCACGGAUAACUGUGCAAUAACACUAAGUAAAGACGGUAUCACAAUUUUAAAAUGGAGAGAAAAGCGUGACGUUCUAUUACUCUCCACCAAACAUUCAAUAGAAAUGGAAACCGUUCGGACAAACAUAAAAAUCGUAAAUAAACCAAAAAUAGUUAUAGAUUAUAAUGCGGGAAAGAAGUCUAUUGACUUAUCAGAUCAAAUGGCCGCGUAUAAUAACCCAUUACAAAAAUCAAUGAAGUGGUAUCGAAAAUUAAGUUUUGAAAAU